AUGAGUUCGACGGCUUCCUCAGCCACCAGAACCGUUCUUGGUGGUGGCGGCUCGGCCAUGCCCAGCGGCAACGCCCUACACUCCUUCGCCAUGGGAGGAGACGGGGCAUCUGCCGGACGCGGCGGCAAACCCCCGCUACCCCAUAUCGACGACCUCACCUCUGCCUCCCCCGAUGUCGACAUGAAACUGCCCUUGCGCAAGAUCCUCGAGAAGGGCGACAAUGCCAUGCGACAAGCCGAGACCUUUCGCGACUUUGGUAGACCUGAUCUGGCCUUCAAGGAAUAUAUCAAAGCCUCCUUGAUUGCUGUCAGAUACGUGCCACAGCACCCCGAUGCUCUGUCGGUCAGGGGCGGCCACGGAGACAUGAGUCGCAUUUACACCGCGCUCAUGAAAAAGAUAGACUCGCAGCAUGGAAACUUUGAAAAGAUCAAGGCCGAUAUCAUUGCCGAUAACCAGAGGACUGGCGUCAAGCGCACGACCUCACGACCGUCCUCCAUGAUCAACGGAGAAGUGAACCGGCCGAUGACACCGCAGGGUCACCCGGGUACGCCGGUUAUGAGCCCCACGAGGUCUGAAGCUGGAACCCAUGUCAAUGGUUCACCAUCUCCCAAGUCUAAGCCUACGGUCCAGCCGAAACCACAGGCUCUGCUCGGGAACUCUAUACGCUCGGGCACUGGAGCUCCCGGUGGCAAGAGCAAGGUCACCGAAGAUCUGGCAGCCCGCUUCGCCAACCUCCGAGGACCGGUACCAUUGCCCGGUCAGGACCCCCGUAUACGAACGCAUCCCAUCGUUCCGCCGAGACCAGCAGGACCGAGGGCCAUGCCCACCCCCGAACCGAUCGAGAAACCAAAGGUGGCACUGGUUACGAAUCUUCCGGACCUUCCCAAAAUGCCAGACGCCAUCUACAGCCCAGCUAGGGGGACCGUAUCGAACGAAGCCGCCUCACUACCCUCAAGUACGCCGCGCGGCUUGUUCAGCAGAACGGGUUCUUCAGCCACGAUUAACACCGUCCUCGCCAAUAGCAACAAGUCCUCUGAUUACUUCGCGCCUUCCCAUCCCGUUCCAAAUGCCAAUUCUGUCCCUGUCAGAGCCCCUAGCAUCUCGAUCCCCGAGGGCGACACUAUUACUGCCGAAGAUCUAAUGAACUACACAAGACGGGGCUCGGCCACUCUCCAAGUCCUAAUAAUCGACGUUAGAAGUCGAGAUGAUUUUGACGAGGGCCACAUUUUGUCGCAGGCCGUGAUUUGCAUUGAGCCCAGCAUUCUCCUGAGAGAAAAUAUCUCCUCUGAACAGAUCGCCGAGAGUAUGGUGCUUUCACCAGCGCAGGAGUAUCACCACUUUGAGAGGAGAGAUGUCUUCGACCUCGUGGUAUUCCAUGACCAAGACUCGGAUUCUAUCCCCCGAUACAUUUCCCCUGACAUGGACGCGGCGGCUUUACUAUCACUCCAGCGAGCAUUAACGUACUUCAACUACGGAAAGGAGUUAAAGAACCCUCCAAAACUGCUCCAGGGAGGUUUGGAUGCUUGGACUGAUCUGGUUGGGAGAAGCGCUCUCGCAACGUCGCAAACGGCAGGUGCUGUCAGAGCUCCCCGCAUCCGAUCUCCAUUGAAACCCACAAUCUCCAUCUCGAAGCCAAACAGGCAGUACAAGGUCACGCCGUUGAAGCCUGAAGAAGUCAAGUUAUGGGAGGAGACACUGCACAACGCCGAUCUCGAAACCGCGAGGUCUCCUGGUUUCAUGCAUGUGCGUAGCACCGAGGAGUUUCUGCGAAGGUUUCCUGCCGUCUCAACUGAGCAGGAAUCGAUGCAGUCACCAGUCAGCCCAGACAGGCCGACUCACAGCUAUGGUCAGAACCACGUCGAUAUCUACUCAGACCUGCCAUCGCCGCCCACUCGGCCAGCUCCCGCCGUACCUCGUCCGAGCUACAGUGGCCUGUCUCAAACGCAGGAUGACCACGAAGCUCCUCAGGGCCUUUCUUUCCCAGCCCAGGCACGGAACUUAAAGCAGGGCCCGUUGGCUCGUCCCGAUUCUCCCUCGGUGACGAAUACCGUCAAAGAUGGCCACCAUAUUACUGGUUUGAACAACCCAGGCGUGUGGUGCUACGCCAACAGCUCUAUUCAAGCACUACGGAUGUCACCGGGCUUCGGCAAGGAGCUGGCUACUUUUGAGUGGCAGAACACGUACAAGGUGCCCAAGAAGGCUGAUGAGAAGAAUGACCCGCCCCAACUGAUGUCGCGAAUCCUAUCCAACUUGUUCCAUUGGUUAGACUCUGGCAAGUUUGAUGUCAUGAAGGCGCAGACACUGAUGGACUAUUCUCGAUCAGUCUGUGAAAAGAGCCGAAUCAAGGAUAAGGGCGACGAAUUCGGCGGCAAUCGGCAACAGGAUGCCCAAGAGUUCAUGUCAUGGCUCAUGGCUUACCUUCACGAGGAGACAAACAUGCGACGUGACCGUAGCGGAGACGACAAGUCGAGUAUACCACCACAGAUGAAGGGCGGCAAGUCAAUGCUUCAAGGGGCUUACGAGUGGUGGGGCAAUUACUCGAAAACUAACCUCUCCAUCGUCGACAAGUACUGGCGCGGCCUGGAGCUCUCAACUGUGGUGUGCUCGAGAUGUCACAACCGUACAUACAACUGGGCUACGUUCGACUUCAUCUCAGUACCGAUCAACGGUGGGACACAGACGAUCGAGGACUGUAUGCGGUCGUACAUUGAGCCAGAGACUCUCCCCGACUAUAAGUGCGACAACUGCAACAUGAACGUGCAGGGAAGAAAGCAAAUUGCCCUAGCGCGUCUUCCGGAGCUCCUGUGUCUCUCUUUCAGGCGCUUCGACUACGAUUCCACCCUCCAAGUGCACAAGAAGCGGGACAUGAUCACAUGGGAUUUUAACAAUCUCAAUCUCGACGCGUUCUUCAUCCCGCCCGAGGAGCGCAACACGGUAGGACCGCCGCUUGACGAAAAGUUUGAGCUCCCAUUCGACUACGAGUGCUACGCCGUCAUCAUCCACACCGGAACGAACAUCACCAGCGGCCACUACUACGCCUACGUCCGCGAGCCGCAGAACCCAGAUCCGCACGCCUGGUAUCGCAUCAGCGACGCGCGUGUGACGCCCGUGCGUAUCGACGGCACAGGGCGCGGAUCCGACGCCAGUCGCGACGUAUUCAAAAAGGGCACCAGCGACGUGCCGUACCUCGUAUUCUUCCGCAGGAAGCAAGGCCGGACUAGACGAUGA